AAAACAAAGGCCUUCCAUUCUAUCCGACUGAUGGACGGAACAUUGAAUCAAAGAGAUCAGCGAGCAGCACCUGGACGGAACUCCAAGGGUGGCGGUGGAAGCCAUAUAUAUGCUUCCAGCUUACCAUUACACGGAGGGUGAAGAGAAAUAGAAGGGAAGAUGGGCUCAAAGGAGGAGCAUCAUGACAUUGUUAUAGUGGGUGGAGGAAUCUGUGGUCUUGCCACUGCCUUGGCUCUUCACAGGAAAGGAAUAAAUAGUCUUGUUCUAGAGAAAUCUGACACCCUGCGGGCUGCAGGAGCAGCAAUCGGUAUUUACAUCAAUGGUUGGCGUGCACUUGACCAACUUGGGCUUGGAACGGAACUACGGACAAAAGCUAUCCCUAUAACAGAGAUACGAGAUAUGUGGCUCCACAAGAACAAGAUGCAAGUAACUUCAUGCAGGAAAGAAGAACUGAGAUGCUUGAAAAGGGGCGACCUGAUUGAAACCUUGGCUAAGAAUUUGCCUAUGCAAUCGGUUCGUUUUGGGUGCCAAAUUGUAGCAGUUGAAUCAGAUCCCAUCACUUCCUUCCCUAUUCUAUAUACUAAUGAUGGUGCUACCAUUAAAGCUAAGGUUCUAAUUGGAUGUGAUGGAUCAAAUUCAGUCGUUGCAAAAUCAUUAGGAUUACAGGCCCCAAAGGUUCUUUCGUUAUCUGCUGUGCGAGGUUUUACUAGCUAUUCAGAUGGUCACAGCUUUGGCAGCCAUUUUAUCCGGCUGAUAGGUGAUGGUGUCAUGCUGGGAAGGCUCCCAAUUGAUGAAAAGUUAGUUUAUUGGGCUGCGGCUCGGCUGUGUCCUUCUCAAGAUUCAGAUGUACGGAAGGUUCCUGAGCUGAUCAAAGAAUUUACGUUGGAGACAAUAAGAGAAUUUCCCCCCGAGGUGAUUGAAAUGGUGAAGCAUUGCGACAGCAGUUCAUUGAGCCUGACACAUAUUUGGUAUCGAGCUCCAUGGCACUUGCUCUUUGCAAACUUCUGGCAAGGCACCAUGACAGUCGCAGGGGAUGCAAUGCAUGUUAUGGCCCCAGUCCUCGGCCAAGGAGGCAGUGCCGGCUUAGAAGACGCAAUUGUGCUUGCUAGAUGCUUAUCGCAAGAGAUGCCAAUAGGUCCGGAGGGUGCAAUCAGUGAUCGAGAGCUGCGCAGGAGAAUCGGAAGAGCAUUGAGUAAAUACGUGAAUGAAAGGAGGCUGAGGGUAAUGAGGUUAUCGACACAGACUUACCUUACAGCAUUGGUGAUGACGGCAUCAUCAUGGAUAAAGAAGCUGGUAUGUCUUGCCAUUUUGGUUGUUUUCCUCAGAGGUGGCCCGCUUAGCCACACUAAUUAUGAUUGUGGCUCUCUUUAGGAUAAAUGUUUGUGUGCUUGUCUCAUCUGAGCAAUGUUCAGAAAACAUAGUGCUAUGAAAUUGAAGUCAAUUAAAGUUAGAUUUGAGGUGAAUUUAGUGAUAUCUUUGAUGGUCAAUGAUAGUCGUACAUAAAUGAUAUGGACUAUUAAAGCCUUUGAGUGCUAAAAAGUAAUCAAUUUCUCUUUACAA